GAAGUAGCAGUUAGUCAAGCAAUGCAACUUUCGACGUUGAGCCGGGGGUCUCUUUGGAAACAGCCUCUCUACUUUCGAGUAGGGGUAAGGUCUGCGUACACACACCCUCCCCAGACCCUACUCUUGUGGGAUUUAACUGGGUUGUUGUUGUUGAAACAAUUUAUAGUAUUCAUCAUUUACCUUGCGGAGGAGCAAAUUAUUAAGAUGAUGACGAAUUCAUCAAGAACCAAAAUGGCAUUGGAUGGCAACAGCAGCAGCAAUUACAGGAGAAACACGAUCGGGAGCAUACUCCAAUCCGAUCCGAACAACGACGACGACGUUUCCUUCCGAUUUAGCACCGCGUCAGACUCUCUUGCUUGCGCUCACGACAGGCCGUCGGGUACCCUCAACAACCAGGUGGCCUCCCAUUCCUCGUCAUGGGAGGCCACGUGGGAGGAUUCUGCGUCCUUCACGACAUGCGGGGUUUCAUUUGGGCACUUGUCACCCUGGCAUGCCCAAUGCUCCCCCGCCUCCGUGGCCGCAGCAUCAUCUGCUGCGGUAGGCGACUUCUAUUCCUACACCGGCCUAAUGGGAUCCCUUGUCCGCGAAGAGGGUCACAUAUAUUCGCUUGCAGCCUCGGGAGACUUGUUGUACACCGGGUCGGACAGCAAGAACAUUCGGGUUUGGAAAAACCAGAACGAGUUCACAGGGUUCAAAUCGAACAGUGGAUUGGUGAAGGCCAUAAUAAUCGCGGGGGAGAGGAUCUUUACGGGCCACCAAGACGGGAAGAUCCGUGUGUGGAAAGUGUCGAAACAGAAUCCCGUCAUUCACAAGCGCAUCGGUACUCUACCGACCUUCAAAGCGUGUAUCAAGAAGUCGAUGAAGCCGAAAAACUACGUGGAGGUCAGGAAGAACCACAACGGCGUUUGGAUCAAACAUUUCGACGCAAUCUCCUCUCUCACAUUGAGCGAGGACGCGUCCCUAUUGUACUCCUCCUCUUGGGACAAAACCAUCAAGGUGUGGAGAAUAGAGGACUCCAAAUGCCUGGAGUCCAUAAAUGCCCACGACGACGCUGUUAACUCCGUCGUCGUGGGGUGUAACGGCCUGGUGUUUUCUGGGUCCGCAGACGGAACCGUGAAAGUGUGGCGGAGGGAGUUCAAAGGAAAGCGGACGAAACAUCACAUGACACAAAUGUUGUUGAAACAAGAAUGUGCCGUUACGUCGUUAGUCAUUGACCCCUCCGCCACACGUCUCUAUUCCGGUUCCUCUGACGGUCUCGUUAACUUCUGGGACCGUGACAGGCAAGUCUACAAUCACGCCGGGGUGUUGAGGGGACACAAGCUUGCCGUCUUGUGCCUGGCGGCUGCGGGGAAUUUAGUGUUUAGCGGGUCGGCGGACACGAAUAUCUGCGUGUGGAGGAGGGAGGACGGCGGUGACCAUGUAUGUAUGAUGGUGUUGAACGGGCACGCCGGGCCGGUGAAGUGCUUGGCGGUGGAAGAAGACGGGAGAGCGGGAGGCGGGGACAGGAGUUUGAUAUUGUACAGUGGGAGCCUUGAUAAGUCGGUGAAGAUAUGGAGGGUGUCGCCCCAGCAGCAGCAGCAGAAACAUCAUGCGGCGGGGAUGGACGGUGGUGUCGCCUCGCCGCCGGGUGUGGCUUGUUCCAGCGCCGCUCCUAGCUUUUCGUCGCAGAGUAGCAGAUUACACCAGCUGAGCAGGCGUGACCGGUAAGAGGAGAUAGAAGAUGAUGACCAUUAUAUUAUUGCCUCAUUUGGCGUUCAUUAUGAUUUGGAUGCUCAUCCAUGCAUCGUACCCCUAUUAAAUUUUAAUUUAUGAUUCACAUAUAUACUAAAGAAAUCACCAAAAAUUGG